AUGGAGGCUGUUUCCCAGUCGCUGACAGUGCUCCUGACCCUGGCGACUCUGCCCUCUGGGUCUUCCACAACUCCAUCCUCUGAGCCUUCCACGACUCUGCCCGCUCCUCCAGAGUCUCCUCCAGCAGUCCUGUCCGCUCUCCCAGAGACCCCUUCUCCAGCGGUCCUGUCCGCUCUUUCAGAAACUCCUCCUCCAGCGGUCCCAUCCACUCUCCCAAAGACGGCUCCACCCGCUCCACCUCCGGCUCCUCCUCCUGAGUCUCAAAUCCCUGAUCCUCCAGAGGCUCCGCCCACUCCACCUCUGGGUCCUCCUUCUGAAACUCAAACCUCUGCUCCUCCUCAAACCUCUGCCCGCUCCACCUCCGGCUCCUCCUCCUGGAACUCAAAUCCCUGCUCCUCCUGCAGCUCUGCCCGCUCCGCCUCUGGCUCCUCCUCCUGA